AUGAACUGGGGGGUCACUGGGAUGAACUGGGGGGUCACUGGGAUGAACUGAGAGGGCACUGGGAUGAAGUGGGAGGGGACUGGGGUGAACUGGGAUGAACUGGGAUGAACUGGAGGGUCACUGGGAUGAACUGGGGGGUUACUGGUUUGAACUGGGAUGAACUGGGAGGGCACUGGGAGGGAACUGGGAGGUCACUGGUUUGAACUGGGAUGAACUGGGGAGUCACUGGUUUGAACUGGGGGGUCACUGGUUUGAACUGGGAGGUCACUGGAAGCACUGGGAGGUCACUGGGAUGAACUGGGGGGUCACUGGUUUGAGCUGGGAGGUCACUGGUUUGAACUGGGAUGAACUGGGAGCUCUGUUCUCUCCCUCUGUGGGCGUGGCCUUCCAAUCUGGCCCCGCCCCUCACCCCCUUUGGCCCCACCCCCUUCUCCCCCCCCAGGACGGGCGCCCCCUGGCGGGGGCGUGGUCCCGCGACUCGGCCCACGUGACCCGGAACCGCCUCGUCCUGGGCGUGACCCCGGAAGACGACGGCGCCACCCUGCGGUGCCGCGCGGUGACGUCACUUCCGGGAGGGGGCGGAAGCGCCAGCGUCCAACUGGAAGUGACGUACCCGCCCUCGGAGGUGACGCUGUCGGGCUCGGGGUCGGUUCCCCUGAACGGCUCGGCCACCCUGGGCUGCACCAGUGCUCCCAGUAACCCCCCAGUUCGGCUGCGCUGGUGGCUCGGGGGGAGGCAACUGGAGCCCAGCGGGGGCGGCCCCACCCCGGUCACUGGGAGCACUGGGGUGAACUGGGGGGUAACUGGGCGGUCACUGGGGUAA